AUGUUUGAGUCAUCUGUAGGGGACGGGUAUACAAUUUCCGGAACGCUCACGUCUGUCAACCGAGUGCUGUCAAUGAUGCAGUUUACUCCUCCGGCAGACUCGCCAAAUUCUGGAUCGUUGAGUGUCACAGUGCACCGAACACCUUCCUCAGUUGAACUAGAAGUUCUGGACCCUGACAAGUUUCGGAUGAACAUGCCGGUGAGCCAAAAUGAGUUUGAUGUGGACAUUGCACCGCUGACAAAGUCUGAAUACCCUUGCUUCAUUGGUGGUCCUGCUGCUACCUUCGUCAAUCCGGGUGAGGAUGCAAGAAAUCUGGGCGUGACAGUGAGCCCAGAGUUCUCAGCUUCAACGGAGGUCACGGCCCAAAUAGCUGAGCGACUUCAUGAAUUUCGUAUUUCAGUCCGAAAUGGGCGGAUAGGUUUGGAUGUCAACAAAUAUCCUGCUGCAAGGAUUUGCCCACCUUUUUAUCCGGAUGUGGGAGGGUGUGCCAAAGAUGAGAUCGAUGCUUGGGUCAUAUAUGGCACCAUCGAGCAAGCCGCCUUGGCCAUCGAGUCCGUUGUGUACACCCCUCCUGUUGGAUACGCCGGUCAGGACCUGAUGCGAAUUUCUGGCAGCUGCUCAGCCGUCACGCUGGAAGUGACGCUGAACAUCGUGAAGGGCUUCUCGCCUCCGCGCAUCCGUUGCUGUGACGCAGGGACUUCCUUGCAAGUGAAUCGUGCCUUGGAGCCUUCAGCAGUGCCUCCUUGCUAUUUGGAGCAAAAUGAAUAUGGCGAAAUACCUGCUGUGGCACAAGUAACUCUCAGCACCGACAUCGGGCAAUUGGCUUUUUGGCCUGUGGCAGGUCUCUACUUUGACCGCAGCCGCGACAUUAUGCCUAUGCACAAUGUUUCCUCGCGAAUCGUUGCAAGUGGGCCUGGCAGCACAGUGCAGCAAAGCCUGGCCACCAAAUUGGCCCUGCUGUUUGUGCCGGAGACGGAGAUGCGCCCUGCUGGGCAACUGACAGUGGAGGUGUUGGAUGCUCGCUCCGGGCUCAGCUCGGCAUCCACCUGCCCAAUCUACGUGCUGACCGGGAGGAAAGAGGGCCUCCCACUAGUCCAGGUGAACCUGCCAACGCCAAAUGCCAGCUACUUGCUGUCAGGCAGGGCCAUGUUGACCGUGCUGUUUAUUUGGCAGGAAACAAUGAGAACAGCUCGAGAUCAGUGCUUGACCCGCCAGCUGAGGAGCGCUGAAGAUGCUACGGAAGUUCUAAGUCAGUUGCGAUAUGCAAUAUCAGAAGCUGAGUUGGAGCGCCUGCCCAUGGUGGUCCCCAUCGAGAUUUCAGUCUAUGCGCUGCCGUCUGCACAAGUGAAGGAUUCCAAUGAAGGCAUCCUCAGGGAUCAGCGCAUUUUGCAACUCGAGAUCAACUGCGAGCCUUCGGUACCAAUACUUGAGGUGAGAUCAGAAGAGCUUGAGGUGCAACGAGGCCACCCCCUGAGUUUGCAGAUGCUUCGCAUGGAGCUUCACUAUCCUCGGAGCAUGGUGGUGCAGCUGCUCUGCAGCUCUUGCACAUUCCUCGAGAAUGAUCUCCGCUGGCAUGGCAUGCAUCAGGUAGAAGGCACCGCGCCUGUCCUGCAGAAGUACAUAGAUAGUCUGCAACUGGAAAUCAGAUGUCCCUCAUGCGAUGCCGACCGGGUCAUGCUGAAAGCCUGGGACCCUGAUGCCCUCCGGAGAGUUGGUGACGAGACGACCCCCUCGCAGGGCAAUCUGAUUGCACAGGCAUCAACACAAGUCCUUGUCCGCACAAGCCGGCUGGCACAGGGUGAGCCAAUUCUUCGCGUUCUGAGUGUCGGUGUUUUGGCCCACGCUGGUGAAGCGCUGGAGCUCGUGGAUCACAUUACUUUGCAGAGCGCGGAUCCCAACGAACCCCUGGGGCUGGCGGCUGUGCACAGCCCCUGGUGCAGCAUGAAGCAAGACUAUGCGAUUUUGGUCUGGCUGGUGGGCCCCAGCGCUUUCCUGGCAGAUGCCAAGGGCGGAGCCUCCGAAGCUACAAGCAUGGAUGAGGACGUUUGGGCUGCCACCGGCAUGCGGAUGAACAUCACCCCUUUCAGCAAUCCAGCCUCAGAAGACGAAGCUCGAGUUCCUUUCGUCGAUCCAUCUCGGCCGACGGACCCGAUGAAUCGCACUUUCUGGGAUCCGCAAGGCCCCAGCCGCCCGGACCGGGUGCUUUGGACGGGACGAAGCCUCCUGCUGCGAGGAUCGGCCUCUCAGAUGAAGCAGACCUUGCGACAACUGCAGUACAAGCCUGAUGAGACUGCGGCUGGAUGGGACACGGUGUUGAUCAGAAUGGGCAUGCAGAGGGGCGAGAUCCCAGUGUACGUCCUCCGCCAAGUUGGUGACAUCGUGCUCAAAGCGCCGCCGCUGAAGAUGCUGACGGUGGGUCAGGUAUUGCGGCUAAAUGUGACAGCCGAGCUGAACCAUCUCGUUCAGCACCAAGAUGUAUUCAGUGCGAUGGUCACCUGCAGUCAUGGUGGUUUCGCUCUGUGGUCAUUUGCCGGACGCAUGGAGGUUUUGGGAUCUUCAUUGGAAUUCUCUGGCAACACAUCUGAGCUUCAGGAGUUUUUGGCAGAUGUGACUUAUGUGCACGCGGACGGGUUCACUGGAAUGGAUCGAUUGCAAGUCUUCGUGCAAGGCAGCCCAAUACAGGCGGCAAAGAGGCAAGCACCAUCUGCAGAACUGAGCAUCGCGGUAAUGGUGCAGCUCACCGAGACGAUAAUUCCUCCGGCAACGGUAGAGAUGCCAGGAAGGUUGAAUGUCUUUGAAGAUUCUGUCACCAAGCCGCACAUCAAGGUUCGCGACUUGCGACCUGUGGCUCCUUCCGGAGUUGCCUUGGCAUCUGCCUUGACGGCGGGGGCUGGCACUGGCAGGACGUGCCUUCGAGCUCCGGAGCCUGAUACGUGGAUCACACAGACUUUGUCCUCAGAGCCAUGUGACCUGUUUCUGGUGGUUGGAUCGAACGGCACGAGCGUGGACCAGCUUAAUUGCAUGGGUUGCACCUUGCGAGCUGCACACCUGCCGGAUGAAUGUCUGACCUGGGCAGCUGAGCUAAACAACUAUGAAAAACCAUCAGCAGAAAUCUGCUUGCAGUAG